AUGAAAAUUGGAUUACAGCAAAGAUUCGCAAUAUGCAAUCUGAUUGCAUCCAUUGUAUUUUUAGUUUUGGGACUUACUUAAUUGAUCAAUGCAUUGGAUUCUGGACUAUUUGUUAUUGUGGAUAUCAUAUUUUCCUUGAUUUUUCUAUUGUUAGACUACAAAUAAAAGUUUAUUUGUUCAACAGGAGAUUAUUACUUAGCUCUAACUUAAUUGAUUAUCUAGAUAGUGGAGGUUGAAAUGACUAUAAACACUGAGGAGAAGGGAAUUUUCAUAUUCAUCAUACUGAAACUUUUGGCCUUGACUUAAGUUCUCCAAGUAUAGUUACUUUAGAAAUUAAUAUAUUUCACAGUGCUCAUAUAUUCAAUCAUAAGAUUCAAUGAGUAUUAAUACCCAAUAUCCUAUUUAGGAUUUACGUUCUCUCCUAUUUUUCUGUUCCAAGAAUAAAACGACCAAAAUGACCUUUUAAUGCUACUCAAGGAGAUCUUGCCAGUGCCUUUGUUGGUGAUAGAUAAAUUUUCUCGGAAAUCUCUCUAUCAUACCAAGGCUUUGGAAAAUGAAUACAAAUACGAUUAAAGCCAUUCGAAUGAAUUUAUGGAUUGUUUGUAUCACUUUUCUUCAGACAACUAAAUUAAACUCUAAACCCUAUUCGAAAAUUCUAAAGACUUUUUAUACAAACCCCAAAACAGCUUCAGAUCCAUAUUUUCAGAAGUCAUGGACAAUUGCUAAUAUAUAGCAACGAGUCCUUUGUUUCAAAAGUUCUUUGAAUUAGGUGCAGCUCACAAUGAGGAAUAAAACGAAGAGCAACAAAAAUUCUAGAAUUAAAACUUUCCUGAAAUAAUGAUUGACACUCCAAAAUACCUUCAGUUUUGCAGAGCUCCAAUGUAGUUAAGCGAAGAGACCCCGACGAAUAAAAAGUCUAAAAUAAUGGAAGAAUUCUUGAUUUAGAGUCAAUGUUAAAGAAAUGUGUGCGUAAGUGAAUUGAAGAGGAAGAAAUUGAAACUCUUCUUUAACCACUGUUUUUGGAAUAAAAAUCAAGCUUUCGUGUUGAUAUUUCAAAACAAGGAGACGGAAAAAUCAAUGAAUGCAUUAUAGUAACAAUUAUCAGAGUCAAAAUAAAUCUGUGAAAAUAAAGAUAUGAUUCUUGCUACUGUUUUCCAUGAUUUCAAAACUCCAAUAAAUGGAAUCGUGGCUAUUUUGGAGAGUUUGGAAGGCAAUUAGAAUUUGAAUGCAUAGGAGAAAUAUCUUCUAAAUAUUAUAAGAACAAAUGUUUAUCUUAUGUUAUACAUGAUUUAUGAUAUAUAGGAUUAUGCAAGAAUAGAAAAGAAUCAACUCAGACUCUGCAUUAGCGAUUUUUAUAUUAAUGAAUUGAUAGAUGAAGUUAUUGAGACCAUAGCGAUUUCAGCUGAAUAAAAAGGAGUUGAAAUUAAGACCUUUUAUGAUAUUCCCUCUUAUCAAGUGUAUUCGGAUCCCAAUAGGAUCAAGUAGGUUAUCAUGAAUAUCUUGUCUAAUUCAUUGAAAUUCACUGAAAAAGGUAGUAUAACAAUCACUAUUUAAUCUUUAAAUACUGAUAAAUCUUAACACAUAAAGAGGAGCAAUUCCUCGAAAAACAUCAAUUAUGGAAAUGGCAAUUAAUCAAUUUCUCAGAUUCGAAAGUCUCUUUAAGGCAAACAACCUCCAGUGUCUUCCAACAAACUUGUAUACACAAUCUCAAUUGAGGAUACAGGCUGUGGAAUUGCUGAUUCGAUCAAACCAAAAUUAUUCAACUUGUUUGCUACUUUCUCAUCUUAAAAAAUAGAAAAUAAGAAUGGCACUGGGAUAGGUCUAAUGGUGUGUAAAAAACUAAUAAGUUUAUUGGGGCCAUCAGAUACAAUAGAUUUGUAAAGCUAAGUAAAUGUAGGAACCAAAAUGACAUUUUAGAUUUAUGCUAAAUUAUAAGAUUCUUCUUAUAAAAUCACAAAUUACGUUAGUUGUUUUAAAUAGGAGAACAGUUCUCAACACUUGAGCAAUUUCCAUAACGAAGACUCUCCGAAUGCAAAAGAUAAACCUUAUUAAUAAUCUGUAUUUGUCAGAUCAUCGUAUCUAAGAUUAUACACGAAACCUUUGGAAAAGGCUGAGACUGAGAUGAAUGAGCCUUCAAUAGAGGAUAGCGACCAAUCGAAAUAAAAGAAUAUUCUGCGAUUUUAGUCGAUAUCUUAGAAAUCUUAGAUUUAAAAGUGUCUACAAUCAUAAGAUUCUUUGGAUGUGCAAGAUCCUAAAUAAAUACUUCAAUAGUUGAUUCAAAGCAAGAAGUUUAGUAUUCUAAUUGUGGACGAUCAAAUAUUUAAUGUGAUGGCUGUUAAACUGCUACUAUAAAAUUUAAUACCUUAAGCAGACAUAAUUGAAGCCUAUAAUGGAUAAUAAGCGAUAAAUAAAUUAUGCCAGUAUCAGAGGAGUUUAAACAUAAAGUAUGUGUUUAUGGAUUUGCAAAUGCCUAUCGUAAAUGGAUGGUAAGCAGCCGAAACAAUUCGAAAGAUGAUUAAUAAUAAUGAAAUCGAUAAUAUAAAAUUGAUUGCUUUGUCAGGAUUUGACGAUGAAUCUUAAUAGGAGAAGUGUGAAAAAUUAGGAUUUGAUGCUUUCCUUUCAAAACCAAUUAGAACCGAAAUGAUUUCAGAAGUGUUCUCUCAACUUGAAGAGCUUUGA